UCUUUAUUUUUUUCUUGAAUAAAACCAGUGAGAGAGAAAAACUCAAGAGAAGAGACAGACACAGAGAGAGAAGCAAGAGAUACAAUUUUUCAUUGCUACUUGCAAUGAAAUCAUCAUCUGCCUAAUCUCUCUAUUAAAAAUCAAUUAUCUUCUUUUAUGUUUGAAGAUUUGGGUCUCUCGUGAGUCUCCUCGUCGUCUGGAUUGAAAAAAAUUUGAAAUCUUGAUAUUUAAGGAAAAAAAUCUAGAUAAGAAAAAUGGUGAGAUCGGAUGAAAACAGUGCUCCUGGUGUCAUUGGACCAAUUAAUAAUAAUGCCCAAGGACAUCAAAGAGGCGUGGUUGGGAAGACGGUAUCGGAGACAGGACAUCAAAGGAAAGCGCUGACCGCAGUUAACCGAAAUAUAAUCGGAGGACCUCCUUAUCAUCAAGCUAGCAAAAAACCAGCAUUAUCCGAAAACAAUGGGAUUUGUCACAAUAAGCCCCCGCAUCGACCCAUUACAAGGAAAUUUGCGGCACAGUUGAAGACCACCAACAACCAAUUGCCACCAACCUACCCGCAAGUUAAGCCUGAGGAAACCAGAAAACAAGUUCCUUUGGUUGUUCUCGAAGAAGACCCAGAUGAUUGCACAAUUAUUGAUGUCGAUGAGGAUAAAUCAUGUGAUGAAAACUUUGUGCCGAUGUAUGUUAAGCAUACUGAAGCUAUGUUGGAUGAGAUCGAUCAAAUGGACGAUGAAGAGGUCGAAAUGGAAGAUAUAGCAGAAGAGGAAGUCAUGGAUAUUGAUAGCAGCGACAAAAAGAACCCCCUUGCUGUUGUUGAGUACAUUGAAGAUAUAUUUGCGCAUCACAGGAAUACUGAGGGUUCUAGCUGUGUUUCACCAACUUAUAUGGCACAACAAUUUGAUAUCAAUGAAAAGAUGAGAGGCAUUCUUAUUGACUGGCUAAUUGAAGUCCACUACAAGUUUGAGCUCAUGGAUGAGACUUUAUACCUUACAGUCAAUCUCAUUGAUCGAUUCUUAGAGCGUCAAACUGUUUUAAGAAAGAAGCUUCAGUUGGUUGGAGUGACAGCAAUGCUACUUGCUUGCAAAUAUGAAGAAGUUUCGGUACCAGUUGUAGAGGAUCUAAUUUUGAUAUCUGACAAGGCCUACACAAGGAAGGAAGUCCUUGACAUGGAAAAAUCCAUGGUAAACACGUUGCAGUUCAACAUGUCAGUACCAACCCCAUACACAUUUAUGCGGAGGUUUCUCAAGGCCGCCCAAUCUGACAAGAAGCUGGAGCUUCUUUCCUUCUUCAUGAUUGAGCUAUGCUUAGUCGAGUACGAAAUGCUCAAAUACUCGCCCUCUCUAUUAGCUGCAUCUGCAAUAUACACAGCUCAGUGUACUAUUAGUAGGUCCAAGCAUUGGACCAAGACUAGUGAGUGGCACACCAAGUACUGCGAAGAUGAACUCAAGGAAUGCUCAAGAUUGAUGGUUACUUUCCAUCAAAAAGCAGGAUCUGGAAAAGUCACAGGAGUUCACCGAAAAUACAGUACCUAUAAAUUUGGGUGUGCAGCGAAAUCAGAGCCAGCUCUAUUUCUCUUAGAGACUGAACUCUAGCAGGAUGCAAAUGUUAUACGUUUACUGGAGGAGUGGAGUGUUCAAUCUUGGGUGAGAGUUUGUGAGGGAGGAGGGUGAGGGCGCUAUUGUGCAACAGAAGUUGCCCCUGGGGGAUGAAGUCUUUAUCGGUCCUAAGAACCUAUGAUUCUCAGAUAGGUUUCUUUUGUUGCUCUGGAACAUAGAUAUACAGUCUACUAGUUUUUCGUUUACUUGUCUCCUUUUAUCAUGUGGAUUUUUGGACCCUGUUUGGUAGUCAUAAACAACUUGGAUCCUGUUUAUCGAUAAUAAAAUUGGAUCACUUCUGUUGUUGAUA